CAACUAAAAGAUCUUCCAAUAUUGGAGACCUUGAACCUAUCUCACAACCAUUUUUAUGGUGAGGUUCCAAAAGGAGGGGUGUUUGGUAACAUCACAGCUAUUUCAUUCACAGGAAAUGAUAAUCUUUGUGGUGGAAUUGCUCAACUAAAGCUACCUACAUGCCCAAGUAAGGGGAAGAAGCAUUUCAAAAUCAUUAUCCUUAUCAUUGUGGUAAGUAGUUCCCUUGCUUCUUUUGCAAUUUUCCUGAUCAUUUGCAAGAGAAGAAGACGGAGAAAAUUGUCCUCCUCCACAUAUUCCCCACAAAAUGCUCAUUUGAGGGUUUCUUAUAAAGAGCUACAUGAUGCAACUGAUGGAUUUUCUUCAUCCAGUUUGGUUGGUGUAGGAAGCUUUGGUUAUGUAUACAAAGGAACUCUUCAACACUUUGAAGGUUUUGUUGCUGUGAAGGUGCUAAAUCUUCAAGUACAUGGGGUGUCAAAGAGUUUCAUCACAAAAUGCAAAACUCUUAGUAAAGUCCGGCAUAGGAAUCUUUUAAAGAUUCUGACUUCAUGUUCAAGGGUUGAUUACAAUGGCAAUGAUUUUAAGGCCCUUGUUUAUGAGUUCAUGCCUAACGGGAGCUUGGAGAAUUGGUUGUCUGCAAACAAACUUGGUCAACCCAAAAAUUUAUAUAUGAAUUUCAAACAAAGAUUGGAUGUAGCUAUUGAUGUGGCUCAUGCUUUGGAUUAUCUUCAUCAUGGUUUUGAGGAAACUAUUGUUCAUUGUGAUAUCAAGCCAAGUAAUGUUCUUCUUAGUGAUGAUAUGGUCGCACACUUAGGAGAUUUUGGAUUGGCUAGGCUUCUUCAUGAAGUUACAGGCUACUCUGAUGAGGGCCAAACUACAUCUUCAGCAAUUAAGGGAACAAUUGGGUAUAUUCCUCCAGAGUAUGGAAAAAGUGUCCAAGUUACAACAAAAGGGGAUAUCUACAGCUAUGGGAUUCUGUUGCUAGAGAUGCUCACUGGAAAGAAGCCAACAGAUAGUGUGUUUCGUGAGGAUUUAAGCCUACCCAAAUUCUGCAAGCUAGCAUUACUAGAUGGAGUCCUUGAGAUUGUGGAUCCAAAUUUGCUUAUUCUAUCUAAUAGAGGCCAAAGGAAAGUUACGUUGAAUUCAAAUACAGAGCAAAAAAUUGAAGAGUGUCUUGCUAGCUAUGCGGGGAUUGGAGUGGCAUGUUGUGCAAAAUUGCCUGGUGAAAGAAUGGGUACCAAAGAUGUUGUUAGCAGAGUUGCUUGCAAUUAAGCAAAACCUAUCCACUUUCAACAUUGUCAUAUGAAUUAGUGGAUAGCUCUUAUGACACUUCCCUAUAUAUGGAUUUGGUAUAUUUAAUAAUUGUAACGAAUAGCUAGCUUUGGAUUGUAACUAUCUAUACAUAACUAUCUCAUGCUUUGUGUUGUAUGUUGCUUUUAGAGUUAAGAAAGCUUGAAUAACUUCGGUUAGAUGGACACUUUGAUUAGUUUUGCUGAAG